GCCCCGCCGGGGAGGGAAGGGGAGGGCCGGGGUGCUCGGAGAGGCUUCGCGGGCAGCGCAGGCGGGCGGUGAGGCAGCGGCAACAGCAGCAGCGACAACAGCGGCGGCUACCGACCCACCGACCGCUCGCUCUUCCCUGGCCAUGGGGCUUGGUAGCCCCCUCCACCCCGCCGCUACAAACUGCACUUCAUGGCUUAAAUGGACAUCUCUCUGCUUGAUGAUCUGAUCCUUCUUGAACUAACUUCAAAGAGAAAAGAAAUAAUUACCCCUUUGGUUCUACAAUUUGUUUUCUUUAAUUAAUGGCUUUGUGCCCUACAGAAAACCUACAUUUUAAUGCUCAUAUUGCUCCCCUCUAAAUCUUCUGGUGCGUGGAAGGAUCAGGGUCUGUCUUCAUUGAACCCUCAUCUGGACAGAUUGGGAGCAGGUCACGAGGAGGUGGAAAAGACAUGGAAACAUUGUGAGAAAGUGAAAGGAAAUACCCAGCUAUGCUGUUUUUGAGUUCCAUUUGAAGAGACCAAAGCUGCUUCUCUUAUGGGUGGAGCUAACGAAGGUGGUAUGUUCAGCCUAAGCCCCAGGUGGUAACUGGCAGGUGCCUGCAGCACCCUUUGCCUUACAUUGGACUCUAUAUUGUAAGUGGUCAGUGGUGACGGCAGAACCAGAGCAGGAAAGAUGGUCGUCGUAAGGAGGAGGAACGUGAAAGUGUUUACCUUCGCCUUUUUGCUCAUCACAGUAACGUCAUUUCUGCUGAACUACACGCAGCAGGUGACCACCACCACCUGGGAUCUGAGACAUCUUAUUGUGCAGUUUUCAGAGCAAGUCCAGAAACUCUUCAAGUACCCCAGGAGACCGUGCAGCUGUCACACAUGCAUUUCCGAGCUGGGACAUUCCCUCUGGUUUGAUCAGAGAUUUAACUCAACUAUGCAACCUUUCCUGACCUCACAGAAUGCCUUCAUCCCAGAGGACAGCUACAGGUGGUGGCUGAAACUGCAAGGAGAGAAAGCUCCGAAGGAUAUUAACAGCACUCUCAAGGAGCUGUUUGAGCUCAUUCCUGGGGACAGGGAUCCGCUGCAGGAGCGAGGCACUUACACGUGCAGGCGAUGUGCCGUUGUGGGCAACUCAGGCAACCUGCUGCAGUCUCAAUAUGGCCAAGAUAUUGACUCUCAUGACUUUGUGCUCAGAAUGAACCGUGCCCCCACUGCUGGCUAUGAAUCAGAUGUUGGGAGCAAGACCACUCAUCACUUCGUUUACCCUGAGAGCUACAAAGAGCUGGCAGAAAAUGUGAGCAUGAUCCUGAUCCCCUUCAAAACCCUGGACCUGCGCUGGGUUGUCACUGCUCUCACCACAGGCACCAUCAACUUCACAUAUGUUCCAGUUCCACGGAAAAUCAAAGUCAAAAAAGAAAAGAUCCUGGUUUAUAAUCCAGCUUUUAUGAAAUACAUUUAUGAAAACUGGCUCCAACAUCAUGGAAGAUAUCCCUCCACUGGCCUCCUGUCUUUGAUAUUUGCACUCCACGUAUGUGAUGAGGUGAAUGUGUAUGGUUUUGGAGCAGACAGCAAGGGACACUGGCAUCAUUACUGGGAAAACAACGCUUCAGCCGGAGCUUUCCGGAAGACAGGCGUCCAUGACGGGGAUUUUGAGUUCAAUAUAACUUUGACUCUUGCCUCCAUCGAAAAGAUAAAUUUUUUCAAGGGCAGAUGACCCUGGCCACAGGGAGAAGUAGGGGCUGCAGUUUCCAACGUGCAGCAGAAGGCGGCUCGGUGAAGAUGGUCUGUGUGCCAGUCAGGUUUGAAUGCUGUGGUGGACUGGGGGCAUCUGAUCGCUGCAGUGCGUACCGCAGAGAGCGUGGCCGAGGGCUGGCUGCCAACCACCCUGCACGUGAUUUCACAUCUACAGAUAGCUGGGAACUACCAAUCAGUUGUGGAAAUAAAUGAAUCUCUGCUUAGGCUCUACGGUUUGAUUCUGGAAUUACUGAUGAAAGAUCUGCCUGUUGCAAUUAGGGGAAACCUGGGCACAGGAGCUGUUGUUUGUGGGCCCCGUUCUUUCCUCAAGUAGGGCAAGAGAUCCUUGAAGAAGAGUGAAAACGACUUCUGGGACUUGAGACCCACAAGGGCAGCUGUGAACAUCAUAGUAAGGAUUACCUCAAAGAAAUGAAUUCACUUCUGCUGUUGAUUUUCUUUUUGAACUCUCUCUUCUGUUUCCUCUAUUACUUCUGGUUUCAUGCUGUAUUAAGGACAAAUAUGAUGAAGUUACCUGGAGUAGUAAAUAUUUCAACCAUUUUGCCUCAUUCUGCAUUGAUAGCAUCUAGAAAACAUGGAUCAGAUCAUCCCUGGUCAUAUUUAAUAUUGCUUCCUAUACAGCCAUAAUGAGACAAAACAAUACUGAAAACUCCAGCAAAAAAAAUGGCCUUUUUAGCCACUUGUUUGUUUGUCUUAUUUGGGUUUUUUUUGGUGGAAAAUACUCUGGAAUGCUCAUUUUUAUUUAAUCAGUUUAAGGUUGGCAAGUGGACUCUUUUCUUUCAGUGAUUUAUAUGUGCCUUUUAGAAUUGUGCAACAGAUGGUUUUUUGUUUGUGUUUUUUUUUAAGAUGAUAAACCCUAAAUUAAACUUUUUUAUAAAAGGGGGGGAAAUUAACCAAAGUUUAGCCUCCAUGUGGUAUACUUUUGUAGUCAAAGUCAAUAAGAACAACUCCUAUACUCUAUUUGAGCAAACACAGAUAAAACUAGUUUUUAAAGGUAGCUUUUACCUUUUUCUUUUUUUGAUAGGAAAAUAUCCAAAAGUUCCAAGCAAACUUUUCUUCUGAUUUUUUUACAAAUUUAGAAAGUUGUAUCUCAUUACAAAGUCUCUAUUUGAAAUACAAGAAAUAUCAUGGGUUGGGAUAUCAGGUAGUGAUACAAUAAGAUAUUUUUUUUGCCCUGUAGCAGUAUCUACAAGGACACAAUCUACACAAACUGAUCCUACAGAGUAAAUGAGACUCCAAAGUUAUGUGCAUCUCUGGAGGUAUAAUGUCUAUUAAUAUCAAUACCUCUAGGCAGUGAGAGGAGGGUAGUGACAGUGGAGAUUUUAUAUCAACAGUUUUUUGCUGGAAUCAUUGCAUCUAAUCCCCAAGAACAAAUAAAAUAUGAAUCCAAGGAUAAAGUUAAGGUAAUGAACAAUGGAGAGCAGUGGGAUUUUUUCUUCCCAAUGUCAUGAAAAUGGGAUUCAUGGAUUUAUUGACCCUUUUUAAUUUCUGAUGAAGCCAUUGGAGUUCCUGCCACAGACUUCAAGGGACUUUAGAUCAGGCUUGGGAAAAAUGAUGUAUUUAGUUUUUAAUGUAUUACAGUUCUUGGGGUUUGUGGCAAUUUAGAAAUUAUCAUCUAAAUGACUUUUCAUGCACCAGUUGUGGCAGUGUGUCCAAGCAGAUAAGCAUUUGAGCUCAGUGAAAGCCUAGCCCUGAAGUGAUGUGCUUCAGUCCAAGAUUUAUCCCCUUGUCUUUCCAUGCCAGUUGUGAACAGUGAGCUCCCCUCCAAGGCAGCAAUUCAAGGCACUGUGACAUGGUCAGAUGGGAUAUCCCUAUUUUGGGCCACAGCACCACUCGCUAACAUGAUGAACUUCUUCACCCAUGUGAGUACUAAUGGACUCCAUGUAUAGAGACGAGGCUGCCAAACAUCUGUGUGGCGAACUGAGCUCCACACACACGACUCUUUGGUUUAGCAGUAUAGAAAGGGCAGGAUUUUCAGAUCGUCAUGCUGAGAUGUGUUAAUGAUCCUUGUGUCAAGAAGCCCUUUCCCAACGCUGUAGCCUGCAGAACUCACCUGCACAUUGCAGGCACAGCAAAUUCAAUGGGCUUUCCGUCUUCUACAUUGCCUUUGUGAAAAAAUGAAACAUU